GCGUGUGCACGAUAAAGAGAGAGGGAUAAUUCGUUUGGAAAGUUUUUGGUCGAGCGAGUGUCGUCCGAGCGAAGGGGGAGGGGGAAACGUCGUUGAACGUUGGGUGGAAGGCGAACGAGAUGAACGUGGAGAAUUUGGCCGCCGAGCACGGGACAUCGCAUCACGGAACAUGGAGCUCGAAACAACAAGAACGCCCGAGGAAAAUGUGAAUACGCGUUCCAUCGAGAUGUCCGAGAAACGGAUCUCAAUGGGCAUCAAUGUCAGCAUUCUGGUGAUAUUGACCAUAUUCGGUGUAUUGCUCUCGUUGCCGUUGAGAUUAUUGUUGAACACGAAUUACUACAGCCGGGACGAGAUAGUUGCCGCGAACGAGGCAAGCGUACGAGCGACGGGGAACGCGAUCGUCGAGGAGGAGAUAACGAUCCCGUUUGAUCACAGAACGUUGAAACGUUGCCCGAGAUUCGAGUACGAGAACACGUUGAAGUAUAUUUUCAAAAGUGAUUACGAUGGGAAUUGCACUUACGACACGGGAACCAAUGUCGUGACGAUUGGGAACGAUACGGUGGAGGAGAAUACUGGAGGAGGGGAGGAGGAGAAGGAGGAGGAGGAGAAGGAGGAGGAGGAGGAGGAGGAGGAGGGUUUGAAGGAGGACGGUAACGAAGGAAGGAACGAAGACACGGGUGCGAAGAUUUUGAGGGAGAUUGGCAAGAGUGAUAAUAAGACGGAUAAAGUAGAAGAAAGUGGGGAAGAUCGUCGAUCGAAAUCGGUCCUGGUCGCCGGACACAUUCUCGUGACGAUGCUUCUCAUUUCAGCAAUAGCUGCUCUCGUUGAAGUGUUGAGAAUACGUUUCGCUAGAGACAAGGACUCGUCUAAGGCAGGUAGUAUCAGCUCAAGAAAAACGUCCACGAUCGAGCUUCCCAUUCAGAGGCGAUUCCUACCGAGGUAUCCAAUGAAGAGUACGAAGUCUUUCGAAAUGCAUCGAUCCGCUUUUCGCCUAUUAGGUGCAAGACCACCGCCUCUUAUUCGUCGUUCUUCGUUCCCAAUCCAGCAAUCUAAGCAAAGCUCUGGUUCCGUCAGUGGUACACCGAAUAAUCGAAUAUCGAGACGCCAAUCGGCUGAAUCUGACGAAGAAAUCGGAGUCCUCAUUAACGCUCUUCACCAUCGCACACGCCUCAUUCGACGGCAUUAAAGUAAGAUCAAUUAAUUGAAUUCUUUGAAAAUUCAUUCGCAUUAACAAUAACAGGGUACACGUCUUGACUGAAUGGUCUUACAUAUCGCACAACGACUCUCGUUCACGAAUUCUUAAAAAAAUUCUUAUUGCUUCGUGAAUCCAUUACCCAACAGGACUUCCAAUAAAAUCGUUGUAUCUUCCUAUAUUUUACAAUUUUGACAUUUAAUACAAAUUUCGCAUUUGCAAAGAACCUAAAACCUUCCUUUUGCUGCUAGGACAGGCAACAAAUCUGCUUACUACUGUUUUGCAUCAUUUCUUUAUAUUUUUGUUCCUUAUAAGGUAAUAUAUCUAUAUAGGAAGUGUCUGUGUAAAUAAGUAAUUGCAAAAAUUAUUUGAAAUGGAAAACGAAAGAAUACUAAGUAUUCGUACUUUAUCGUAUAUGAUAUUGUAAUACAAUGUAAAGAUCGUGUGAAAGUAAUCAAAAGAUGAAUGUAUUUUGACAAAAGUUAAAAAGUCUUCGAUACGUAUUUUCAUAUUAAUACCUAUACCUCUAUAAAGUAAAUACUUUGGAUACUUCUGUGAUUUUCAUCGUUUAUCAUGAUAUAUAUAUAUGAAGCGUUAAUCAAAAAUUAUAAAAUAUAUAUAUGUACAUAUAUCGAUGUCUGAUAAAUAAA